AUGGCCCAGUUUACUCGCGCCAUCGAUUCAACAGCAACCCCUGCGAUCCAGCUCCUUAAGAUCUCAGCUCGACCGUUGACAACCCCGAAUCGCUUCGCACACACAGACGCGUUACAGCGAGCACGAAGAAAUCAUAGGCAUAUCGAAUAUGCCCGGCUUACGACGUUCUAUUCGACAUGCGCGACAUUGACCGGGAGUUCGCGACAGGCUCGGCUUACACGUCCGGGAUUGCAGCUUGGGUUAUCCUCGCCGCUGGCAGUUGAAACAUACGGUACACAAGGAUUCCAUACCUACUUUGUGACACAUCUCCCCUCGUCAUCUGUCCAUCCCGACUCUCGUCCUCGUGGGCCUGGUCAUAAACUUCCUCGCGAUGCUGCGACCCCUCACACCCCAAGCUCCGGCCCAGUCCCCGCUGUCGCCCCGCCUUAUAUCCCGUCAACCCGAGACUUGACUGUGGUACGCAUUCCCAUGCGGAGGGCGAAACACCAUCUUGGUGUCGCGACAGAUCGAGGAAGUCGACCCUACAAUGAAGACCGGGAACAGGCUGGCACCAUCAGUCUUCCGGCCUUCGCCAAGAGGGCACCCAGGAGCGUGCAACAAAAACCAGGGGAAGCUACAGCAGCGGAUAGUGCUUGGGGAGAUCCUCAAAUCUUCUACUUUGGUGUUUUCGACGGUCAUGGUGGAACCGAAUGCGCGGAUUUCGUCCGGGAUGAGCUACCGGGUUAUAUAGAAAAAGCCUCGGAGGAGUUCGGCCUGCAGAGCAGCUUGCGGAAGAGGAAACCUGGUCGUGAGGGCAUCCAUAAUCAUCACCAUGAUCAUAAGCACAAACAAGUUCGUCCAUCACAGCCAAUUCAGUCGACUAAGAGCCCUUCAACAAAACGCGAGGCGCUCGACGCUGUGCCCAUGAAGGGACCAGAGGAGGUUAAAAGCGAAAUGAAUAUCCCCAGCGCAAGCAAUGGUGGCCUUUCCGAUAAGCCCGUACAUGGGGAGCGAAUACACAGCGCGGCAUCGCCGGCUGCCCUAGUCUCAGACCUGGCCAAAGCGAUUCGUAUGGAGAAAAAUUUGGUCAAGGAGUACAGAGAAACUAUCGGUGGCUAUUUCAGGCGCUUUCACCCCGAACACUUUGUUCUCUCGCGAGAUGACAAUCCAGGCGAAGGCCACAAGAUCACGAUAGAAUCAGUGCUCACAUACGCCUUCCUUCGUGCUGAUCUCGAUUUUGUGUCUGCCCAGGCUCGAAAGAUUGACCCCAACGAUACCAAAGGUGCCGAUACUCCUGUUAACAACGAUGAAGUCUUCGGCCACCCAUCCACACCCUCUGGUCAUGGUAUAGGGGGCCCGGAGCGCUUUAAAGGCGGCUCAACGGCUUCUGUAGUACUUAUCUCUACUCCAACGCCUGCCCCAUUUUGGCACCCAGCUGCCCAGUCCACGUUGUUAUGCGCCCAUGUUGGCGACAGUCGCAUCCUUCUUUGCGAUACCGCCACUGGUUUAGCACAGCCUCUAACAUCUGAUCAUCACCCCAGUACACCUACCGAAAGCCGCCGUUUGCGACGCUAUGCACCUGCUGGGUCAAUGGUUUCUGGCGAUAGUUUCGGCGAGGAGCGCAUUGCAGGCCUAGCCAACAGUCGUGCAUUCGGAGACAUGGGGAGUAAGCGCAUUGGAGUCUCAGCCGAGCCGGAGCUUACACGAGUUGAGAUGGGCCCUGCCCAGUAUUCAUUCCUUGUGCUUAUGACUGAUGGCAUCUCUGGUACUCUAAGCGACCAAGAGAUCGUCGAUGUUGUCAAGGAGGCCCGCACGCCUGAAGAUGGAGCUCGAAAUAUCGUUAAAUACGCUACUGAAGUUUCUUCUGACGGCGAUAACGCAACAUGCCAAGUCGUCCGUCUAGGUGGUUGGGAGCGUCGAUCUGAAGGCGGACUCGGCAGCUUGGGUACCAAGGAAAUUCGCGACGCACGCAUUGCAGAAGCUCAAGAUCCAAGACGAGGAAAGAGGUAG